AUGGCUCCCGCUGAGCCAAAUGCUAUCCCCUUCAGGGCCAAGGGCGAGAUCCCUGAAUUCAAGGAAGAGAGGGACGGCUGGAAGGGAUAUAUCGAGUGGGAGAAAUACCCCGAGAAGAAGAAGUUGGUCGAGAAGCUGAUGGCUCAAUAUGACUUUCCGGACCCGCCUCAAUUCCAACUGGGGCCGCUGCCCGACACGAAUCCCAUUCUCACGGGCGAAAGGUGGAAGCAGUACCACUAUGCCCUGGGCUUGGGUCACCUGCCCGAAAUCAGCUGGGACAUUGUCAAGAAAGAGAAGGCGGAGGACAUGAUCCACGUGCUUCAGUUCCCCUACAACGGCGAACCCCCGCGGGACCGCCUCGUCGAGACGGAGCUCACCAACAACAGAGACCACUUCGUCCGCAACCACGGCGGCAUCCCUGAGAUCGACGCGGAAAAGUAUACGCUCGACAUUUCGGGCCUCGUCAACAACCCGCAGACCUUUACCCUGGAAGAUCUCAAGACCAAAUUUCCGCACCAGAGCAGUGUUGUCUCGCUCCAGUGCUCCGGUACCCGCCGCCUGGAGCAGAUUGCGCAGUAUCCUGGCGACGGCGACGAGCUUAUCAACGCACCCUGGGGUGAGGGUGCCAUUGGCACGGCCCGCUGGACGGGCGUCAGUCUGAAAAAGGUGAUCAAGUACUGCGGCGGUCUGAAGGAAGGCGCGGGCCACCUCGAAUUCUACGGUGCCGACACGUACUUCAAGAAGGGCAAGGUGCACAACUACAUCGUGAGCGUUCCGUGGCGCAAGGUGAAGCUGAACGAGGUCCUCCUCGCAUGGGAGAUGAACGGCGAGCCGCUGCCCAAGAUCCACGGGUUCCCGCUGCGCACCGUCGUGUUCGGCUACAUUGGCGCGCGCAGCACCAAGUGGCUGACGGAGAUCCGGGCGAUCCAGCACGAGAGCGCGGCGCCGGUGCAGCGGCGCGAGUACAUCUACUACACGCCGCAGAUCGGGAAGCAGAACGUCAAGUACAGCAACGGCUUCUCGAUCCAGGAGAUGCCUGUGUCGUCGGCCAUCAUGUCGCCGAGGGACAUGGACCAGAUCGUGCACGACGGUAAGAUCCGGCUGCGCGGCUGGGCCUUCUCGGGCGGCGGGCACUGGCCCGUCCGGGUCGAGGUCAGCAGCGACGGCGGGUCGGUGUGGUACGAGGUGCCGUACGACAAGUUGACGACCAAGUACUUUCACGCGUGGCGGCUGUGGGAGAUUGAGCUGCCUGUCGACGCCGAGGGAUGGCUGGAGUUUUGCGUGCGGACGUGGGACAACGCGUGUAACACGCAGCCUACCUAUGUGCGCUCUGCUUGGAACUGGGACCUGCACGUCACGUCCUCGGCCCACCGCAUCAAGGUCUACAGCAUGAACCGGUCGCGGCCCGAGACGGCGGCCAGGCUGAAAAAGCUCGAGGAGAAGGGGAUCCCCAUCUUGCCGAUCACUCACCCUGUCGAGAUCGACCUGGAGUCGGACGAGGAGUACGAGAGAAACAUGGCGGCGCAGGGUGGUCGGGACCCGGUGGAGUGA